AAACUGAUAAUGAGCUACCAUCGGUGGAAGGAUGUGGAUCAUCAGGAAUCAGGAGAUUCUAGCCAUGCUAGCCAUGUAGAUGCAGUGUAGAUACCCGGGGAGCAGCUUAAAAUACAGAUACACACAGAAGAAUCUAGAAUCCCUCACAUCCUGCGACAUGAAGGUCUUCCGGUUGCGUUUGGUGAAGGUCCUUCUGCUGGGAUUCCUGCUGGCCAACCUGGUCUUUUUCUACUACACCUGGAACACGCUGCUCUGGCGCCGGAUUAGUAAAGCCCUGUCCGGGGAAUCUCCGCCAGCGGAGGAACUGCCAAAGCCCGCCAAACUAUCGCCCAAGGACAAGCUGCGCAAUGCCAACAAACACAUACGGAAGUCCAUCACCAUUGUCUUUUACGGGCACUACAACUUCGAGCAGGACCUGCGGGCCAGCAUAGAUAGCAUCCUGGACGUGAUACCUAACAUGCCCAUCCUGGUGCUCCAGGAUGGCGGUGCCGAGUAUGCCUAUCCGCCGGUAAACUAUGAGCGAAAUCUCACCGCCGGCGAGGAGCGUACUGUGAUCUUUAAGAGCCUGGCCUUCGACGUGCGGCACUCGCGACAGGAGCUGAAUCCUCUGGCCUCGAUCCGCACCAAGUAUGUGCUUAUAAUGCCCGAUAGUGUGCGGCUGAGCAGCAAGAACAUCCUGCAGAAGAUCCUGCGCGAGAUCAACUCAUUGGGUGUGCCUGGACAGCCCAAGGAGCAGCGUCCUCCGGUUCCGCCCGAGGAGACCGUUCGUCGAAUGAUCCUUGUUCCAUUCGCCGGCAACCUGAAAUCCUUUAGCAGCUGCGUCCGGAUGACCAUGGACCUGCCCGACUGGACGCUGGAGUUGGUGGCCACCAACGAUACCAAGCGAUGUGAUUUGUUCCUGCAGAAGCACGCCAUCCUCUUAGAUGCCACAGCUUUGGGAGCCAUGCCGGAGCCCUUCACCCUGCCCUUUCCAGAAAUGCUCUACAUGCAGGCUAAAAUAGCCAAUCUGUCGACCACCGUGUUCCCGCAGGCCUUCCAAGAGGGUCGUCGCCUGUUCGCCUCGUUUCACACCAAACAGCGGCGGAUGGACCUGCGGCGUCGGCAGUUCCGGGAGAUGUACAAGAAGCUGCAGAUCAAGCGGAUCGUGAGGCGGGCCUACCGGGUGCCCGGGAAGGCUCAGGCCCGGGAGGUGUGGGGCCAGGGUCACGGCCUGGUCCUGGAUGGCCAGUUCUCCUCCUCGAACACCUCGCUGCCCCUGAUCACGGACAUCGAUCUCUUUGGCUGCGAGAGGACCACCAAAUCCUGCAUCGGCAGUGUGUACAAUGAGAGGCCCUACUACUCGUAUCUGGGCAAACAUACGCCACCCUGCUGUCUGGACAAGCUGAGGACCACCUUCAAUCACGUCCUGGAGGAGUUCGAGAACGUGGGCAUUCGCUAUUGGCUGGACAACCGCGCCCUGCAGAGCGCCAUCGAAACGAACCACCUGUCGCCGGAUGCCUACGACAUCGACAUUAGCUUCAAUGUCCAGGAUCUGGAGCGUUCGAAUGCGAUGAAGAAGUCGCAGAGCAAGCCGUAUGUGGACAACGAGGGAUUCUACUGGAUCAAGGCCACCGAUGGCCACUACUUCCGCGUCCAGUUCUCCAAACCCAACCAGGUGGGCGUCAAUCUGCUGCCCUAUUCGAUCAGCGGAACGGAGGCGAAGCCCAGUGGAUUUUUCGGCUGGAAGGCCACCACCUUCUCGGCGGACUACCUGCAUCCCAUGUCCACGGUGCUCUUCCUGGGCAAGAGUGUCAUGUGUCCCAACAAUGUGCUCGAGUAUCUGGAGGAGAAGCACAUCAAGGUGAGGUCCGCUGACCUGGAUGCGGAGGAGGAUUGAGAUUAGUUUUCAUAAACCUAAAAAGAGUCUGUGAAAAUGAUAUUAUAGUUUGGUUUUAUCUGCUGAAUGAUCUCAGUCAUCUAUUACAAUCGUGAUUAUUAGGGAAGAAACCUCUGAGAAGAAGUCUAUCAGUUUAGUCUUAAUGAUUGAACUGAAAAACAGGCAAAAAAUGGAUUGAAAAAAGUACAAUAUUUUGUAUUAUUCCCUAAGAUCUUUCAGUCCACUAAAAACUCUAAAAACGGAUUUGACUACAGUUUUAAUCAAUGUUUAUUUCGUUUCUAAGCCUAUAUACAAUUUUGUGAUUUUUUACAUUGCUUCUGAGUUCCUUGCGUUGGUUGAUAGCAAAUUUUUGUUAGACUUGAUAGGAACAUAAAAUAACAUAAGAAUCUUUUAGAACCGCCAGCAGAUCUAUGUGUGUAAAAUAUAAUACAUGAAAUCAGA